AUGUCGGACGCCGAAGAAGCCUACAACGAGGGUCCAGAAAACUUCGACGACUUUGACCAGCCCGACCACUUUUCGGACGAUGAGUUCCAGGAGCCAGAAGGUGAUAAUGAUGCCCAAGCAGCCAACGGUGAUGUGGAGAUGAAAGCCGCCGAUGGAAGAACAAUUGUUAAUGGAGGUUUGGGACCUGAAGAUUCGUUACGUCGAGCAAAAACCGCCAAGGAGCUCUCGAUCCCCAAGGAAAAGCGUACCACUACGCCAUACAUGACCAAGUAUGAACGAGCUCGUAUUUUGGGAACUCGAGCAUUGCAAAUUUCACUCAACGCUCCUGUAUUGGUUGAUAUUGAAGGAGAAACCGACCCAUUGCAAAUAGCCAUGAAGGAAUUGACCCAGAGAAAGGUUCCGUUGGUGGUGAGGCGGUACUUGCCAGACGGAUCGUAUGAGGACUGGGGGUGUGAUGAGUUGAUAGUGGACCACUAG